AUGUUGAUAUUUCUAAUCUUCUUAAUUGGAAUCUAUGCUCAAAUUAAUGUACUACCCAAGCCACAAGUCGUUAGUGAAUAUGGUAAACCUUUAUUGGUUGAUUUACAAAAUUUAUAUUUAACAAGUGAUGAUAAUAUCUUGAAUAACGCGUUAAUUAGAAUCAAAAAUAGAAAAGUACCACGAGGUAGUGAACAAAUUGGAGUUUUUGAAUUUUUACCUUUACAAAUUAAAGUUUUGGUGAAUGAUUUUAUUUCGGAUUUAAAAAUAGGGAGUGAUGAAUCUUAUGAAUUACGAGUCAAUGCAAUUGAUGGUAUAGGUAUCAGAAGCGAAACCUUAUGGGGUGCCUUACGUGCAUUAUCGACUUUACAACAAUUACUAGUCAAAAUCAACAAUUCAAUUUUCAUCAAAAACUCAGUGAUAAUCAAAGAUUCACCACGAUUCCGACAUCGUGGAUUAAUGAUUGAUUCUGCAAGAAACUAUCUAACAAUUGAUUCAAUUUUGGAACAAAUUGAUAUAAUGGAAUUAGUUAAAAUGAAUGUUUUACAUUGGCAUUUAGUUGAUACUCAGAGCUGGCCUCUUGAAUUAGAUUCAUAUCCUCAAAUGUCAAAUGAUGCCUUUUCAAUUGAUGAAAAAUAUAAAAUUUCUGAUUUAAAAUUUAUUUUUGAAUAUGCGAGAGAAAGAGGAGUCAUUGUGAUACCAGAAAUAGAUAUUCCUGGACAUGCUAGAGCUGGUUGGAGACAAGUUGAUGAAGAGAUAGUAAUUUGUGGAGAUUGUUUUUGGAAAGGUUUAGCUGUUGAACCUCCUCCAGGUCAAUUAGAUAUUUUGAAUAAUAAAACAUAUGAAGUUAUAAACAAUGUGUUUAAUGAGAUGAAAUUCAUUUUUAAUACAAUUCAUGUGGGACAUGAUGAACUUCAAAAGUCUUGUUAUCCUCAAGAAUGGUUUCAAAAUCAAACAUUAAGUGAAAUGAUACAACUUUAUUUGAAUAAAGUCUUUCCAAUAUUCAACACUGCAAAUAUAAUUAUGUGGGAUGAUAUAAUAUCUCAGCAUAAUGUGAAUUUACCUCAAAAUAUAACUUUACAAGUCUGGCAUGGAUUUGAUGUUGUAAAAAAUUUAACAAAUAAAGGUCACCAGGUUAUUGUGUCACUGGCAGAUCAUCUUUAUCUAGAUUGUGGACAUGGAGGUUUUUUAACCAAUGAUAAGAGAUAUGUUGAAGCUCCAGAAAAUGAUGAAUUUAAUUCAGGACAAGCAGGUAGUUGGUGUGGUCCAUAUAAGACUUAUCAAAGAAUUUAUUCAUUUAACAUUUUAAAAAAUUUGACUAAAGAACAACAGUCAUUAGUAGUAGGAGCAGAAGCUGUGUUAUGGUCCGAACAAGUGGAUUCAAAUGUUUUAACUAGUUCAAUUUGGCCAAGAACAGCUGCUUUAGCUGAAACAUUAUGGAGUGGGUAUAAAGUUGAUGGAUUGAAAAAUUUCACACCCCGUAUAUUCAAGUUCAGAGAAUGGUUGGUUGAUUUGAAUUAUAAAGUACCUCCUUUAGCUUCUAAAUAUUGUUUAUUGAACCCUAAUGCAUGUAAUUAUUCUUGA